AUGGCGGGAUCCGACAGCUCCGAGGAGGACGAGCCCAUCGCGGCGCCGCAGCCGACCCCCGCGCCCCCCAAGGCGUGGAUGGACGAAGACGCCGACGAGGAGGAGGAGGACGCCGACCUGACGCAGCUGCAGCGCCAGCGCACGCCCAAGUUCAAGCGCUGCGUGGCCGCCGUGGAGAAGGACGCGUGGAACGCCGACGCCUGGAUCGCGCUCAUGAACGAGGUGCAGCUGCUGCCCGUGGCCGAGGCGCGCGAGCACUACGAGGCGUUCCUCAAGCUGUUCCCGACCUCCGGCCGCUGGUGGAAGCUCUACGCCGAGCACGAGCUGCGCGAGAAGCAGUACGACCGCGUGCAGGAGAUCAUCAAGAAGUCGCUCAUGCAGCUGCGCUGCCCCAACGUGGACCUGUGGCGCUUCUACCUGGACUUCACCAAGGUCGUCAAGCUGGACGUGGCCGUGGACUCGAAGGAAGCGGCGGCCAUCGCCACCGCCAGGCAGCUCAUGGUGGACGCCUUUGAGCUCGCCAUCGAGCGCGUGGGCGGCUCCAUCCACGCGGCCCCCAUCUGGCAGAUGUACUUGACGUUCGUGCAGGAGGAGCAGGACCCGCAGGCCUUUUUGAAUGUGAGGAAGCUGUACCACCGCAUGGUCAUGGUGCCGCUCAAUGGCAUGGAUACGAUCUGGAGGGACUACGAGAAGUUCGAGCGCGCCAUCCCGAACAACGAGGCGCUGGCGCAAAACUUUUUCAAGGUCUUCAGACCAAAGUUCGACGCCGCGCGCGCGGUCUUGAGGGACCGCAAGAAACUCUAUGAUCAGGUGAACGCCAACGCGCUCGCGGUGCCUGCCACCAGCUCUAGAGCUGAUGCGGCGGACAUGGCCAACUGGCAGAAGAUUCUCGCGCUCGAGAUGGGCAACCCGGAGAGAUUGGACGCGUUGCGCCUCAAGUCGCGCAUGCGCUACACGCUCGAACUCUUCGUCAGCGUGAAGCGGCACUACCCGGAGGCGUGGUACCAGUACGCGUCCUACGAGAACCAAGUGAACGACCCGGAAGCUGCGGCCAGUGUGUUUGAACGCGCAAUUGAGGCGAUUCCAGACUCGAGUUACCUACACUUCGCCUUUGCUGACCACCACGAGCUGCGGGGAGAUAUUCCUGCCGCAAAGGCCAUCUACGAGAAACUGCUUAAGGAUCACGCGUCGGCGCUAGCGUAUGUGACAUACCAACGCUUUGCGCGACGUGCGUAUGGGGCGAAGGGAUUGAGCGAGGCUCGUGCAAUUUUCAAGAGAGCUCGCAAAGACGAGCGAGAAGGAGCGUGCACCUACCACGUCUUCGCUGCAUCGGCGCUACUGGAGUUCUACAGCGACAACUCAGAGAGUGGGAAAGACAUCGCCUUGAAGAUCUUCGAGUUGGGCUUGAAGAAGUGCAUUCAGGAACCCGCAUAUGUGUUGUGCUAUUUGGAUUUCCUUGGUCACUUAAAUGAUGACAACAACAUGCGGUCUUUGUUCGAGAAGGUGUUGUCUGUCAUGCCUGCAGAAGUAUCGCGCCCGAUUUGGGAUCGCUACGUGGAGUUCGAGCACACGAUGGUUGCUAGCGGCGGUGACCUUGCCGCUGUGGCUAAGGUAGAAGCCCGACGAGCGCUGGCGUUCCCGGAUGAACCUUUUGUUGAGAUGAAAGGUUUGCUGAGCAUCGCUCACCGUUACUCGUUCUUGGACUUGCGACCACCGACGACCGUGAUGAUGGAGCUGAAGAUGGAGAAGGAAUGGGAGGCGCAGGAUUCGGAGGGGGCUUUGGACUCGACAUGGACAGGCGCGCAAAUUCCGGGCCCUCCGCUACCCGACUUCUUGAAGGAGUUCGCAGGAAUGCUGCCUUUGAACCUGCCUUGGAAUGGGCCAAUCGCUGAUGUGGAGCAUAUCUUCCGCGCAAUGCUGCUCGUUGACUUCCCGCCGCGCUCGCGCAUCGAGCAGAUGGCUCAGCAGCAGCAACAACAAAUGCAGCAGCAGUUAGCUCUUCAGCACCAGCAGCAGCUCCAGCAGCAAGCUGCUGAGGCUGAGAAAAAUAGCGGACUCGGCGACGACGAUGGUGCCUCUGGAGUGGUGAGCAAGCGACCGGCGCACGACAUCUUCCGCUCACGUCAGAAACAAAAGCUGUCGAAGCUCGGAUAA